AUGCGUUCUUUCACUGCCCUGAUCCAAGGCCUGGCCCUCGCCAGCUCCGCCUAUGCGGUUGACCCUGCUGCUGUCUACAGCGGCGGCUACAACUCAUCCAGCGAAGUCCUUCUUCGUAUCGGCAACGGCGGCGCCGGACAAAGCGGACUGAUUGGCGUACUUGCGGAUGCCUUCAUUCAAUCUAGCGUCCACAACGGCUCAACCCCGUUCAAAGUAGCCUGGUACAAAAGCGACACCACCGAAUCAAUUAAUUUUCUGAAAUCCAACACCAUCGACCUCGGUAUCACCUACGCCCCCGCCGCCGAGCAAAUAGCCAUAAGCCAAGCCAUCGCCAAGUCGCCAGCCUGGUACGCCUGGCGCGACCAUUUCCUCCUAACCGGCCCCCGCUCCAACCCAGCAAAGCUGUCCAAAGCGGCCGACAUCAAAACAAUGUUCUCACAGAUCUUUUCGGCCGCGGAAGCCGGCACCUCCUCGCCGCCCGUGCGCUUCCUCUCGCGCUAUGACAAGUCCGCCACAAACAUCAAGGACUCGCAGCUGUGGAUCGAUAUUGGACAGGUACCUUGGGCGACCGCGUACUCGACUUGGUACCAUCAGUACAUUGCGUACCCGAUCCAGGCGCUGACGGCGGCGAUUUUGUUGGAUGAGUAUACCAUUACGGAUCGAGGGACGUUCUUGUCGAUUGAUGCUGAGUUGCGGAAUCAGACGACUGUUUAUAAGGCGGCGACAGAUGCCCCGGAGGAUCCGUUGCUUAAUCCGGCUCAUAUGCUUGUUGGGCGUGGAGCGAAAAAUGAGAGAAUGGCGGAUCGGUUCGCGCAGUGGGUUAUUGGCGUUGAGGGGCAGAGGGCUAUUAUUGGAUUUAAGAAGGAUGGGCAGCAGCUUUACACGGCUGCGCCGGCUAAUAAGACUGCACUGUUUUAG